AUGAAGUGGAAAGACCUGUUUCAAGAGUUCAUCUACUCGCUCAGUACGAAUGACAAGUAUUCCGAGUAUGACUCUAGAAAAUCAUUCAACCGCGUGAAUAAGCCUGAAACUGAACUACUUUAUUCUGCUAACAACGAAUCUUCUGCCUCUCUACAUGAUGAUUCAGCAGCUGGUGGGUCACCACUGACCAGUAAAUCUGCUGAAGGAAUACAUGAGGUAAGAUUGGCCUGGAGACAUAUACAUCAAUGGCUCAAGAAAUAUACCCCGGAAUUAAGUUCCACAUUGGAAAGUCCAUGCACAGAUGCUGACUUGAAUGACUUUCAGAAAGAUUUGAAUAUCAAAUUGCCAGAGUGUGUCGCAGAAUUCUUCAAAUUGACAGAUGGCCAAUCAUCUUAUAACGAAAAUGGUUCGGGAGGAGUACUUUUUGGUUUGAAAUUGUUACCCUUGGAAGAAAUUAUGAUCUUGACAGAGCACUGGAGGAAAGUUGCAAAGACAUUGGAUGAAGAGGACAUUCAAAGAAGUCGAGCAUCCAAAGCAAAUGAGCUAGCUAAGCUAAACUCAAUCCACGGAGAUGACGACGGUGAAGUAGCCGGAGGUGGUAAGAAGUCAUCCCCAACUCACGCACGUACCUUUAAUGAUUCUGAAUUUGGAAGCAAUUACACUUCUCGGAACAACAGUAGUCAUAGUUUAACCAGUCCAUUGACCGCAGUAAGUUCAAUGGCUGCUUACCCUUCUGCAUCUUCCUCGUUAAAAAAAAGUAAUGAUUCUAAAAUUCCAAACCUGGUGAUACCUAAGCAAAAAUGUAUUCCACCUGGAAGGAUUCAGCCCGUCUUCGCCCACCCAUUGUGGAUACCGAUAUUCACUGAUGAGGUUGGUAACUGCAUGGGUAUCGAUUUAUAUCCACCCAAUCCUGACCAUUGGGGUCAAGUCAUAUUGUUCGGACGUGAAUUCGAUACUAAGUAUUUAAUUGCAGACAAUUUCGGUGAUUUCUUACUCAUUUUUGCAAAUGACUUGGAAACUGGAAAUUGGGAAAUUAAGAAAACUUAUGAUGAGACAAACUUCGGCAAUUUGAUGAUAGGGAAUGAUGGAGAGUUUGUUUUCAUAGAUAGGCAGGAUACAAAACUUGAAGUGAACUAUUUUGAGGUUUUAAAGAAGAGAUCUAUCGAUAAGUGGAUCGCAAGUUUGGAGAGUGAAGCUGAUGGUCUAAGCUUAGAGAAUAAAACUUUAAUUGAAAAUCUUAAAAAUGAACUGAAGAACGUCAUAACUUUGAAAAAUGGUAAAUCAAUUGAUGAAUUUAUCAAUUCGAAUUUGGCACUCAUCGACAAGGUCAACACUCCUCUAAAUGAAGUCAAAGAGACCAAGGGUUUGCCUAGUAAAACCGACUCCCAAAGGAAACCAUCUCCUUUGAAAAUUGUUACAGAGGUUGAAGAACUGAAGCUUCCACAGCCCGUUAAAGAUACACCAAGUGGAGAAUCUACUAGCAAUGAAUCUGUAAAAGAAAGCCCAGGCAAGGAUUUGACCGAAGUUCAAAUAUAA